AAAAGGUUUUCUCCAAAGGCCACCCACUGCAAUUGUAGUUGCAAAGAAAAGAAAAACACAACCGCAGCCUCGCUCCCUCUUGGAUAGUUGGGAAGGGACUAACCAGCUCAAGUCUCAACCCAAACCAAAUCGAACCUCCCACCCAAAAAACAGGCUAAGAAGCUAAGAUCGGCAGCGGAGAGGAAUCAAUCAAUCACCAUACCAUGCCAUCCAACCCGCCUCAGUCCUCCGUCCUCCUCCACCGCAUCAACGCCACCCCGGCCCCCUCCCACCCCGCAGGCGCCCCAACCCCAACGCUCUACCAGAAGCCCAGCUGCCCUGUCGACGUGCCCGAGGUCGUCUCCCGCCACCACACCUACGCCGUCGGCCCCAACCAGUGCUGCUCCGCCGUCGUCCAGCACAUCGACGCCCCCGCCUCCACCAUCUGGUCCGUCGUCCGCCGCUUCGACACCCCCCAGGCCUACAAGCACUUCGUCAAGAGCUGCCGCGUCAUCAUCGGGGACGGCGACGUCGGCACCCUCCGGGAGGUCCACGUCAUCUCCGGCCUCCCCGCUGCCUGCAGCACCGAGCGCCUCGAGAUCGUCGACGACGAAAACCACGUCAUCAGCUUCAGCGUCGUCGGCGGCGACCACCGCCUCGCCAACUACCGCUCCGUCACCACCCUCCACCCCUCCCCAACCGGCACCGGCACUGACGUCGUCGAGUCCUACGUGGUCGACAUCCCACCCGGCAACACCUGGGAGGAGACGUGCGUCUUCGUCGACACCAUCGUCCGGUGCAACCUCCAAAGCCUCGCCCAGAUCGCCGGGAACCUCUCCCGAAGCAGCAAUAACCAAUCUCCCUCCCAAUUAUAGAUCGAUCCAAUACGGCGUCGCUCCUGCGAUUGAUAACCGGAUCCGUUUUGGAACGGGUCCAGUCGUCAAUGGAAAGGCUAGCUUUACUACUGAUCAGAUAUUCAACACGCUCCAAUAUGUCAUAUCAAUCUCCGAUCAUCAGCACCAAACCUUUUUUUUUUUUUUUUUUGCUCCCAUGUGGUAUUCCUUGGUCCAUCAUUCGAGAUCUACACGCAGCCAAGUGGCAAUGCCGGAAGUAUCUGGUAAUUUCUCGGUCAUUGUAAUAUGCAUACAUCGGUCUGCAAGUCAUACUGUGAGAGCAUCUGGAUAAUUUUUACAGGUCAUAGACUUUCCGUCCAACGUUGGUGUUGGUAUUUUUGUUCCUUUUGCUCGAUCGGUCUGAUUUUUUCCCCCCUUUUGUAUACUUGUCUUAAUUUUGUGAAUUAGUGUUCAUGAAUAAUUGCCAAUUACGAGAGACAUUUACUUAUUUAUGAUUUUUUUUCAUUGUACUAAGUCUUGUAUUUCCUUUAUAAUGGAAAAAAAUUAAGAGAGACACAUGCAACUGCUA